CUCCAAGUAAAACCAGUCGAAGAAGAAGAGCACACCGGAAGAAAUUCAUGGUUUCCUGUGAUUGUCGUCAACAGAACCGUUGUUUCUGAUUGUCGAUUGUAAUUAAUGUGUUGAUUUGUGACGAUAAAAUAUGUACGACCAGGACGAAGAUAAUCAAUAUGAUGAAGAUGAUGAUGAAAUCACUCCGGACUUGUGGCAGGAGGCAUGUUGGAUUGUUAUCAGCUCCUACUUUGAUGAGAAGGGCCUGGUGCGGCAACAGCUGGACUCAUUUGAUGAGUUCAUCCAGAUGUCUGUUCAGAGGAUUGUAGAAGAUGCUCCGCCCAUCGACUUGCAGGCUGAAGCCCAACACACCUCGGGUGAGGUGGAGGAGCCGCCUCGUUACCUGCUGAAAUUUGAGCAAAUCUACCUGUCCAAACCUACCCACUGGGAGAGAGAUGGUGCUCCUUCUCCCAUGAUGCCCAACGAAGCCCGACUGAGAAACCUCACGUACUCAGCCCCCCUGUAUGUGGACAUCACAAAGACCAUCAUGAAGGAAGGUGAAGAUCCAGCUCAUACACAACACCAGAAGACCUUCAUUGGUAAAAUUCCCAUCAUGCUGCGCUCCACUUACUGCCUGCUGAGUGGUCUGACCGACAGAGAUCUAUGUGAGCUCAAUGAGUGUCCAUUGGACCCUGGGGGUUAUUUCAUCAUUAACGGUUCUGAGAAGGUGCUGAUCGCCCAGGAGAAGAUGGCUACCAACACGGUGUACGUGUUCGCCAAGAAGGACUCAAAGUAUGCCUACACAGCUGAGUGCCGUUCCUGUUUGGAGAACUCCUCUCGUCCCACCAGCACCAUAUGGGUCAGCAUGAUGGCUCGGGGAGGACAGGGGGUAAAGAAGAGUGCGAUCGGUCAGAGGAUCGUUUCCACCUUGCCAUACAUCAGACAGGAAGUUCCCAUCAUCAUCGUGUUUCGGGCUUUGGGCUUUGUUUCAGACAGAGACAUCUUGGAACACAUCAUCUACGACUUUGACGACCCUGAGAUGAUGGAGAUGGUUAAGCCAUCUCUGGAUGAAGCAUUUGUGAUCCAGGAGCAGAAUGUGGCGCUGAAUUUCAUUGGUUCCAGAGGAGCCAAACCUGGAGUGACGAAGGAGCGAAGAAUCAAAUACGCCAAAGAAGUUCUGCAGAAAGAAAUGUUGCCACACGUCGGAGUCAGUGACUUCUGUGAGACCAAAAAGGCGUAUUUCUUAGGGUACAUGGUCCAUCGGCUGCUGCUCGCUGCUCUUGGCAGACGGGAGCUGGAUGACAGAGAUCACUAUGGUAACAAGAGACUGGAUCUGGCUGGACCGCUUUUGGCUUUCCUGUUCAGGGGGAUGUUUAAGAACCUUCUAAAGGAGAUCAGGAUUUAUGCUCAGAAGUUCAUCGAUAGAGGAAAAGACUUCAACCUGGAGCUCGCCAUCAAGACUCGUAUCAUCUCAGAUGGACUCAAGUACUCGCUGGCCACAGGAAACUGGGGCGACGUUAAGAAGGCUCACCAGGCUCGAGCUGGAGUGUCUCAGGUGUUGAACCGUCUCACCUUCGCCUCCACAUUGUCACAUCUUCGUCGAGUCAACUCUCCCAUCGGCAGAGAUGGAAAACUGGCAAAGCCUCGACAGCUGCACAACACUCUGUGGGGCAUGGUGUGUCCAGCUGAAACUCCUGAGGGUCAUGCUGUGGGUCUGGUGAAGAACCUGGCCCUGAUGGCCUACAUCUCUGUGGGCUCGCAGCCGUCACCCAUCCUGGAGUUUCUGGAGGAGUGGAGCAUGGAGAACCUGGAGGAGAUCUCCCCUGCUGCCAUCGCUGAUGCCACUAAAAUCUUUGUGAACGGCUGCUGGGUCGGAAUCCACAAAGACCCCGAGCAGCUGAUGAACACGCUGAGGAAGCUCCGCCGACAAAUGGACAUCAUUGUGUCUGAGGUAUCAAUGAUCAGAGACAUUCGAGAACGUGAGAUCAGGAUUUACACGGAUGCCGGGAGGAUUUGCAGACCGCUGCUGAUUGUAGAGAAGCAGAAACUUCUGCUGAAGAGACGACACAUCGACCAGCUGAAGGAGAGAGAAUAUAACAACUACAGCUGGCAGGACCUGGUGGCGAGUGGUGUGGUGGAAUACAUUGACACGCUGGAGGAGGAAACUGUCAUGCUCGCCAUGACCCCCGAUGACCUUCAGGAAAAAGGCGUGGCCUAUUGUUCGACGUACACCCACUGUGAAAUCCAUCCAUCUAUGAUCCUCGGAGUGUGUGCCUCCAUCAUCCCGUUCCCGGAUCACAACCAGUCCCCCAGGAACACGUACCAAUCUGCUAUGGGCAAACAGGCCAUGGGCGUCUACAUCACCAACUUCCAUGUGAGAAUGGACACGCUGGCUCACGUGUUGUACUACCCUCAGAAACCACUGGUCACCACUCGAUCCAUGGAGUACCUGCGCUUCAGAGAACUGCCAGCAGGGAUCAAUUCAAUAGUUGCCAUUGCUUCAUAUACCGGGUACAACCAGGAGGACUCUGUGAUCAUGAACAGGUCGGCUGUAGACCGAGGGUUCUUCAGGUCUGUUUUUUAUCGAUCCUACAAAGAGCAGGAGUCUAAGAAAGGUUUUGAUCAGGAAGAGAUCUUUGAGAAGCCGACUCGUGAAACCUGUCAGGGUAUGAGACACGCCAUCUAUGACAAGCUGGACGACGACGGUCUCAUUGCUCCUGGUGUUCGUGUGUCCGGAGAGGACGUGAUUAUUGGGAAAACCGUGACACUGCCAGACAACGAAGAUGAGUUGGACAGCACAAACCGGCGCUACACCAAGAGAGACUGCAGCACCUUCCUCAGAACCAGUGAGACAGGCAUAGUGGACCAGGUCAUGGUGACCCUGAACCAGGAAGGCUACAAGUUCUGCAAAAUCAGGGUACGUUCAGUUCGAAUUCCUCAGAUUGGAGACAAGUUUGCCAGUCGUCACGGACAGAAGGGAACUUGUGGGAUUCAGUACAGACAAGAGGAUAUGCCAUUCACCUGUGAGGGAAUCACACCUGACAUCAUCAUCAACCCUCACGCCAUUCCUUCUAGGAUGACUGUCGGCCAUUUGAUCGAGUGUUUGCAGGGCAAAGUUUCUGCCAACAAAGGAGAGAUUGGGGACGCCACACCAUUUAAUGAUGCUGUCAACGUGCAGAAAGUGUCAAACCUGCUGUCUGAAUAUGGAUACCACCUGAGAGGAAAUGAGGUCCUGUAUAACGGCUUCACUGGGAGGAAGCUGACGUCUCAGAUCUUUGUUGGUCCCACAUAUUAUCAGCGACUGAAGCACAUGGUGGACGAUAAAAUCCACUCGAGGGCCCGGGGCCCUGUCCAGAUCCUCAACCGGCAGCCGAUGGAGGGCCGAUCUCGUGACGGCGGUCUGCGUUUCGGGGAGAUGGAGCGUGAUUGUCAGAUCGCUCACGGCGCUGCUCAGUUCCUUAGAGAGCGUCUGUUUGAGGCUUCUGACCCAUAUCAGGUUCAUGUGUGCAACCUGUGCGGCCUGAUGGCCAUCGCCAACACUCGCACACACACAUAUGAGUGUCGGGGCUGUCGCAACAAGACACAGAUCUCUCUUGUCCGGAUGCCGUACGCCUGCAAGCUUCUGUUCCAGGAGUUGAUGUCGAUGAGCAUCGCUCCUCGAAUGAUGACCUCAUAGAGAAGCUAACCCAAUCACAUGCCUCCUCGCCGAAGAAAUGACAUCACCAUAAAUAAAUAGAAAUUGAUGUUUGUUUUUCAGAUUCACAUCUUUUUUGUCAAAGUAAAUAAACUAACCUUUUUCAGUA